CCUCAACGCCCCCUCAUCCAUCCAUCCUCUCCCAUCGACGCGCUCGAUGCACACAAAUUUCCACAAUGCUCUCAGUCGAACCUUUCGACAACAUCGUGCAUCGACGUCUGGCGCAUUUACGGUAGCAGCAUGGCUUGCGCCCGCUGUUCACCCAUCGCCACCAAGGAGACAACUUUCUGGAAGCAGUCGACACCCUGCAUCAGCGCCUCGUGAUGGUCAGGGAUGCUCAAAAGCGACUAGGAAUAGGCCGGCUGCGGCCUACCAACUUCGCCCUCCCGGACCGGAUACUCGAGAAGACCCGCAAGCCUGGAUCGCGAAACUUGAACCCCUUCUGCCAGUCCACCUUCAGGCGGCGGAUACAAGUCGCCAUGACACACGGUUAAAAAAGAGCAAGGAAGAGUAUGCGGUAGACAUAGCGGCAUUCUUGUCAAAAUCUCGCAAGUUGUCGUCUGUAGAUUUCCUAACCCACCUUGGGAUACAACAGGGAAGAUGGAAUGCCGUAAUGUGGAUUGUGAAGACUGUAGUAGAAAUCGAAAUCUCCCCUAUGGGAAGGCUCGAGGAGAUCGAUCCAUUCUCAUCCGUCAGUUGGCCCGGUGUAUCUUAUGACUUAGACGAAGCUACGGAAAAUGCGAUCGUGGCACAGGGAAAAGACACAGUUGGGCCUCUGCGGUACUCUAUGGACCAACUAAACGACUACAAAAGCAUGUCCGAUGAUGGGUUCCAUUACCGCAAGGGCGCGCUUGGCCAGAUAUGGAAGAGUUUAGCAAACAUGAUUUUGAUUGUUGCAAACGAUUGUCCAGCAACCUCCCACUUGAUCAUGUCGCACGUCCUAGAGCUGAUCGCCUACCUGCACCACGCUGGAAUUAUUCCAGAGUCUGUAUACCGUCACGAGUCAGCGGCCGAUCCUCUCGCCCCUCAACAACCACCUACUCUGUAUCUGCUGUCAUCAAAAAUCAUGGCGGCGUUAUCAGAUGCAUCCUGGAGAGCCUAUGAGGCCGCCGCGGCCUCCGAGUCCAAAACACAAGCGCAUUAUACAUUGCUUGGCCCGGAGAGGCCGGGUCCUCGUUACAAGAUGCACACGCCAGAGUUAGGCCCUGAAAUUUGGCUUGAAUUCGUGCUAUGGUCAUGCUUACAUGGCGGGUGGAUUGGGCAAGGCGCUGCCAUUCUCGAAAAAGUGACCAGCUACAAAGGGGAACAGCAAUGGUCGAUUUUACGACGCGACACAACCGAAGGCGAAUCGGAAUCUCGGAGCAUCAAAUGGGAUGAUGUCAAGCUGCUCGAACAACUUCGAGGGACUCAAGCGGGUUCGUCCGACCGCUUGAGGGUCCAAAGAACUAUAUCCAGCGAACUAGUUACAGCUUUUGUCGAUGCAUGUGUUGACAAUGUCCAUACUGGAAUCGGUUCUCGGGGACUUGCGCCUGAGGAAGCUCUGCGUUUAAUCAGCAGAUUCAAGGCCUUCUUGCACCGUCGCAAAUUAGGCCUUGGUUCGAUGUCAUGGGAGUCCGUAGUCGUUCGUUUGUUGGAAUCUGGGGGGUUCGAUAUUUGGAGAGAACCUUCCCUCGUACGGGAAUCUUUGCAUCUCAUCCCGCUACACGGCAAGGAAAGUGAAUAUCUCAACGCGCCGUUACCACGUCAUAACCUACCGGAUGCACCAUCCUACAUCACUGAAGGUUCGGCGAUCGCCGUUGGCACUUUGCACAACAUUAUACGCCUCUACGUGCGCCGAGGGGACGCCGCGGCCUCUUUAAAAACCUUUGAAGAGCUACAACUUUUGACCGAUCAGACUAAAAGGCGAUCCUUGCAACAGUUUUUCAAGCAGCUGAAUUCGCCAAGUGAAAACACAGAUGGCUAUCCACAAAUUUUCAACAGCAAUCUUUUUGGAGAAGACUUGUCUACUGCUUUUCCGCACGUACCGACGUACAUCUUGGGUCCGGUCCUAGAUGUCGCAACAAAUUCGGGAGCGUUUGACUUUGGAAGAUGGCUGCUAUACUCCGAGGACCUUGAUGGUCCUUUAAUCACCGAGGAAAUGUACCAUGAUAGCUCCAUUACGCCAGCUUUGAUCCGAUUUGCCAGCGAGGCUCAAGACAAGCAGCUCCUCAACAAGAUAAUUUCUGUGGACCAAGAUGGAGCGGAGAUGAGAUCAAUGACGUUUGAGGUCUUGAACGCAAUGGUGGAGAGCCAGAUCAAGCAGCAUCGCUGGAACUCCGUAGUCAAUGCCUUCAAGACUCUAGCUGCCGAUCCUGGCUAUGCCUUAGACGCUAAACAUGUGUCGAUGCUGGCAAAGCAAAUGGUCAUUCUGCGGCAGCAAGAUGCGGUAGAAAAAGAUUCUAAAAAGAAGACGGCAUUGGGUCCAGCGGAGUCACUGUUUAAUUUCAUACUCGAAAGAGGUUACGACCCAGGACGAGCUGCAACAAUCAACAGAAUUCAUGGCAUGCUUUGCGUCUUGUUAAGCAUUGGGCCGGAGUGGCACCCGUUUUGCUCGAAUUAUUUACCCGAUGAGCUGACUGGAAGAAUUGAAGAGAUGGUCCUCGAAGACGAUUUUGCCCGGAUUCUGGAAGGCGUCGCUGGAGCUCAUGGAAGCUUCAAAGCCGCAGGAAUGUUGAAGAAGUGGUGUCGAAAUGCCGAACAGACCAUAUUUACCCCCUUCUCGGGAGGUGUGUGGCGACUGUCCAAGGUGGAAUCGACCCGUUCUAGAAUUCUGUCCUUUUCUGCACCGGAAGUGAUUGAUGUGGGCUCAAACAUAUCCCUCAGGGGAUAUCGACUUCCGCUUAGCUUCCGUUUGCUCGGUAUAAUCUACCGGAAGGUUUUGCAAGAAGCAAAAGAACAUUCAUCACUCACCACUGACGGGGAGCGACAUGUUCCGGGGUCAAAAUUGCUCAAAUUCUGUGCAGAGAGUCUCCGAAGGCUGGGAAUGGAUGACAGUGACAUCGACCGCGAGCUAGAAGGAACGCUUUCGAAAGGCAUCUUUCCAUGGGUGCCGCAGUUCCUGGCGAGCAGCAUGAAGCGCCAAAGCACAGGAAUCAAGGAAGAUGACGAGGGAGGCGCCAAUGAUGCGGAAGAGUAGAUGUUACAUUCCAGAAUCAGCAGUAGUGCUAGCUAAAUCUCUCUAAUCAAACGCAUGACUUGACAAGCAGAACCGGGUUAAGCUAGUGAUGUUGUGCUUGUUUUUACUGUUACUAUAUGAAAUACUAAAGCUUUGUUGGGUUAAUAUCAAGUAC